AUGCCUCCGCGACGCGCAUGCGACCUAUGCUACAAGCGCAAGGAGCUGUCCCACCGCGUGGAAGAGCUCGAGGAUGCCCUCAAGUCCGCGCGGAGGGCGUCCGCCGGCGUCACGCCUCGCUCCGAUAUAGUAUCGCCGCGGCCGUCGACCAACAACAGCCCGUACGAUGUCAUGUCUCUGACCGCCAUCACGGGCGACCAGCCGUCCAACACCAUCUGGACCCUGCCUACCGACUCCAUACAGUCCCAGUCGCACUCGCCGCAGGCAUGCCCAUGCGACUCGACGCACAAGCUGUCGAGGUGCCAGCUCGGCAACAACUGGUAUUUCAAGGGCGUAGGCAUCCUUUCGUCACGGGGGCAGGAGUGGAUCUCGUACGGCGCCGGGCAGGACAUCUUCCUCGAGAAGUUUGAGAUCUUCGACAACCCCGUCAGCACCAAGCCGGAGCUCGUCCCCAUCCUCCCCGCGGGCUCGAGGAUAUUACCCCCCGAGUUCGCAUGCAGACACCUGGUAGGUGUCUUCUUGAGGUCGAAAACCUCAUUGGUCUUUCCCAUCCUCGACAAGGAUCUCAUCGAGGGAACGAUUGCAAGGGCGUACGACACGAGGCAGAACGACCCGAGGAGUCGGACAUCAGCGGAAGCUUGCCUCUGGGCUAUGUUUGCUCUGAUCAACCGCCUAGGCGAGGCCGCACCGCAGACGAACUUUAUCCCCGAGGCGAAGGCGUGCGCGCUGGAAUCUAAGCGGCUGCUGUUUGUCCUGAACGGCGCAGUGAACUUGGAUUGCCUCCAAGCCAACCUGUUAUUGUGGGCAUAUCACAAGAUGCAAGGACGAUGCCGAGAAGCGUCGGUGGUCUUCACAAGCGCAUGCCGUACCGUCUGCUCCCUCGGCGGCCAUGUCCUGCUAGACAGGCUACCCUUCGCCCCUCAGCACAUCCCGACGUUUGACCAGAUGACGACUUUCCACAUCCGGAGGUUAUUCUGGAUUUGUUACUGCUUCGACAAGGACUCCUCGAUCCGCACGGGAAUCCCGCCCAUCCUCACAGAAGACUACUGCGAAGUCAGCGACCCGGGGGAGUGGAUCAACCAGCCGCCGUCGUGGUACAACCAGUCGCGAGACCUGGAACUGGCAAAGUUCAAGGAGAAAGCGAGCCGCCUGCUGUGCUCGCCGCGGGCGUUCAGGUACACAGAGGGCGAGCUCCUCUCCACGGUCCGCCAGCUCGACGACGAGCUCGAGGAGUGGCGCCUGUCGAUCGAGCCGCGCUACCGGCCCAAGCUGUCCGUCCCGGAGAGCCCGUCGGGCCCGUGGUCGUCGGACAUGAGCCUCGAGGACCGCACGCGCUCCAUCAACCUGCAGCUCGACUACCUCUUCACCAUGAUCUACAUCCACAUCACCGUGCGCAAGUGCGGCGACUUCAAGCAGAACCUGCCCGACGCGCUGCACACGGCCGUGCACUCGAGCGCCGACCUGUCGCUCGAGGCCAGCCGCUCCAUCUUCCGCUUCCUGCACGCCGUCGUCGACUUCUGGAAGGACGAGUCGGUCUGGGUCGUGUCGCACUACGCGCCCGUCGCCACCAUGCCGCUGUUCGUCAACGUGCUCAUCCACCCCGUCGGCAACCCGGCCGACGACGACCUGCAGAUCCUGGCCUCCAUCAGCAGCAUCACGCGCCGGAUCCCGACCAAGGGCUUGUCCAAGGCCGAGAUCGAGCAGAUCCAGGAGGUGGGCGAGUUUGUCAUGGAGCUGAUUCGGCUGUGCCACAGCGCGGCAUGGAAGGUGAAGAAGGGGGACAGGGAGAAGGAUCUUGAUAUUAUUCAUGAGUGA